GCCACCAUCUCCCCUGGACGCAGGGCUGGGGCUGGCCAGGGCAGCCCAGGCUGCCGGAGCAUGUGAGAGCCGGAGCCAGUGUGGACCGGGGGCGAGGGAGCGCAGGGAACCUUGCCGGAAGCUUCUCUAGAGGAAGAUGGAGAACCCGCUCCUUUUAUUCCCUCAACUCAGCAUUUCUGCUUCGAAGGAUAAACCCUACUGCAAAGUCAUGAAAUCAGCAAUUAAGGACGAGCCACACAAGGCAAGCAAGCCUGGAGCUAAGCAGAAGAGAAAUAGGCUGAGCCUGCUCCUGCAGAAACCUGAAUUCCAUGAAGGUGAUCACCUUGGCAAACCUGGGAACCUGACAAAAGGAGCAAGUGUGUCUCCUGAAGAAGCAGUGGAAUGGGGAGAGUCUUUUAACAAACUGCUUUCUGAGAAAGCUGGGCUGGAUACCUUCACAAAGUUUCUGAAAACCGAGUUCAGUGAGGAGAACAUUGAGUUCUGGAUAGCCUGCGAGGAUUACAAGAAAAGCAAAAGCGCACAUGAACUUCUGCCAAAAGCCAAGACCAUUUUUGAAACAUUCAUACAGAAAGAUGCUCCAAAAGAGGUGAACCUGGACUUCCACAUCAAGGAACUGACGAGGCAGGGCAUGGGGCAGCCCCUGCGCGGCACCUUCGACGCUGCGCAGAGCAGGGUGUACCGGCUGAUGGAGCAGGACAGCUACCCCCGCUUCCUGAGCUCGGCCCUGUACCGCGGCCUGCUGCGGGGCCGCGCUCCCGGCCGCGCCCCGCCGCGCCGCCGCUCCCGCUCCUUCACCCUCAGCGACUUCCCGGGGCAGCGGCCGCGCCCCGCCGCGCCCUCAGCGCUCCCCUGAACGGAAACGAAACUGCUCCGCUCCCGCGGUAAUUUUAAAUUUUAAAUAAGUAAAUAAAUGGAUAAGACAACCGAUAGAAAUGAAAACAAAGAACUUUAGAAAUCUGGAAAUUUGGUAGAAACAGAAAUGAAGCGAAGGAUCUCGGCCCUGGCGCGCAGCUAGAAAGCACACCCUAAACUCGGAAAAAGCCACUUCUUUAAAUGUACUAGCUUGUUGCCUAUUCAUAAACUUCUUACAUAUUAUUCAAACCUUCUUUGUAGACGUUGGGUUUAACUUUCGACCUCCCCGCCAUUCUAUCAAUAUGUUUUACUUCUUCUGGUGGUUCUAUCUUGCCUCACUUUCUGGUAACAGAGGCAAUAAAUUCUUAUUUGGUGUUUGUCUUAUAUUGUCUGCGCUGUUAUCUUCAUCCAGAUAAGGUUAUUCAGGAAUGCGGGGAAUUUCCUGAUUAUUUUUCUUAUUCUUCUGGGAUAGUUACAAACAGCAUCUUACAUCACAUAGUUUCCAUUUUAAUAUUAUGCUACAACAUUA